GUUAGGACAUGUACAGUACUACAGACAGCCAAUUUUACCGUCAACGUUCUGAAAGCAAAUCGCCAAACGAAAAUGCAUUUUACCCUGCUGGUGUGUUUGCUGCCUCUGUUGGCUGUUGCAGAAAAAGCCUGUAACGUUGCUCACGAGGAAUGGGCGAAAGCUAACGCCAAUGGGCCGCUACCAGGAGCGGUGGAACCGAGGUGCGAUGAAAACGGCCAGUACCGAGACCGGAUAUGCAGUGGAACUGAUUGCUGGUGCGUCAAGCCUAACGGCGAUGAAAUCCCUGAUUAUCACCAUCGUAUCACUGAACUAAAUGUUAAUGCCAUGGACUGCAAGUGUGCCAGGGUGGCCGCUGAGUACAUGGAGACAGGACUGAUAGGUUUGUACUACAGCUGCACCAAAGAAGGCGGGUACGAGGCGGUCCAGUGCAGAGGAUCAACGUGUUUCUGCACUGACGUCCACGGCGUCAAGGUUGGCGCCGCUGUUCGUAUUGAGAAGAGUUACACAUUAAAAUGCAGCAGGUCCUGAACGCAAACCAGUCGUCAAGAAGAUGAUGUAAAUGAACCAAUGUAUUACUUCAAAUAAAGUUAAUUACUUUU